AUGGAGGACUCUGACCAGCGCUUGGUGCUGGGCAUGAACAUGGGAGAUGGACGGCAGACACCUCCGGGGCAGCUGCAGGCUCCCUCCGAAGGCAGCGAGGAGCAGCGGGUGCCAGGGCCGGAGGCCAUGUGUGAUGGUGGUGGCGAUGCCAAGAAGAAAAAUGAGGAGGAAGAAGAAGAGGAGGAGGAAGAGCUUGACCCUCGCAUUCAGGAAGAGCUGGAGCAUCUCAAUCAAGCUAACGAAGAGAUCAAUCAAGUGGAAUUGCAGUUGGAUGAGGCCCGCACCACGUACCGGAGGAUCUUGUCUGAAUCGGCUAGGAAGCUGAAUACUCAGGGCUCCCAGCUGGGAAACUGCAUUGAGAAAGCACGCCCUUAUUAUGAAGCCAGGCGCUUGGCCAGGGAGGCCCAGCAAGAGACCCAGAAGGCUGCCCUGCGGUACGAACGAGCUGUUAGCAUGCACAACGCAGCCCGGGAAAUGGUCUUUGUGGCUGAGCAGGGAGUCAUGGCAGACAAGAACAGGCUGGAUCCCACCUGGCAGGAGAUGCUGAACCAUGCCACCUCCAAGGUGAACGAGGCUGAGGAAGAACGCCUGCGCAGCGAACGGGAGCACCAGCGGGUCACCCAGCUCUGCCAGCAGGCCGAGGCAAAGGUGCAGUCACUCCAGAAGUCCCUGAAGCGAGUGAUUCUGAAGAGCAAGCCCUAUUUCGAGCUGAAGGCUCAGUUCAACCAAAUCCUGGAGGAGCACAAGGCCAGGGUGACGUCCCUGGAGCAACAGGUUGCCCAGGCCAAGAUGCGCUAUUCCGUAGCCCUGCGCAACCUGGAGCAGAUCAGCGAGCAGAUCCACGCCCGGCGGCUCCAGCGCUUGGUAGGACGCCGUGCUUCCCCAGUUGGUGCUGAAGCCAGCCCGGCACUGCUGUACGGCGGGAUGGUGCUACCUCCUGAGCCUGUUUCCUCGGCCGACACGCUUUCGGUCCUCAGCUUCCAGACCAUCGCCUCUGACCUGCAGAAGUUUGACUCAGUUGAGCACCUGCUGGGCCUGUCCGAUGCUGCCAGUCUCAACAGCGAUGAGCUGGAGGAAAGGGAGCAGCGGCGGAUGUCUCAGCCCCACCCCUUUAAGCAUCACCGCAGCAUCAGUCUCUGACCUGUCCCUUCUCCCACCGCCCCUUUAAGUCCUGGCCUUCAGAAGAUUGGGGAGGUGCUGGUUCCCAGGCACCAGGAGAAGUUGCAAGCAGAGGCGUGGAUUCCACAGUGAUUUUGGCCUCAUCCAUCUGC